CUCAAGCGUCAAGGUUACCGCAGGACAAAGGUCAAGGGUCGAGGCCGUUUCGCGGGGUUUGCACAGAAGUUAGAAGUGAACUUUGCACCGUUCGCGCAGCCAUGAGCGUUACUCCCCUCAGUAGAGAACCUACAGAUUCUGACGAACGGGUUUGUUAGAUUGUUUCACGGGGAGUUUGCGAAGAUGUGGCCGGAGGGAGUGAACCCGAAGACGGUCCUGUACGGUACCGGGGCCGUGGGCGGGGCGGUAGCGGCUGCUGCCGGGAUCUACAGCUACAUGUACCCGUACGCUUUCCGGGACCGUCACCAGGUCAGACUGGAGCUCGCCAUCAUCGAGAAGUUCACCAACAUCAUCAUGUCUGGCGGGACGGUGCUGAGUCAGUUCGCGGAGGCGGUGAGGAGGCACCCCGACAAGCCCUUCCUCCUGUUCGGUACCGAGGCCCACACGUACGGGGAGGUGGACGCCAUGGCCAACAGGGUCGCCAACUUCUUCCACGGCAUGGGGUUCCAGAAGGGGGACACGGUCGCGCUGCUGAUCUACAACGAGCCUGCCUUCAUCUGGACGUUCCUGGGUCUGGCGAGAGUCGGGGUGAAGAUGGCGCUUCUCAACACCAACCUGCGGGGACAGGCCCUCAUGCACUGCUUUAGGGUCGCUGGGGCAACAGGACUCAUCGUGGGGCAAGGACAACCACUGCUCGACGCCACCUUGGAGCUCAUGCCGGAACUGCAGGCGGAAGGUGCGACCAUCUGGCUGCAGGGUUCUGCUCACCCCCCUGCCGGGCUGUCUGCCUGGGAUGGACCGGUCCAGCGAGAAUCCGACCAACCGCUGACGGUCCAGGUCACCAUCACUCCCGCAGACACUCUGUGCUACAUCUACACAUCAGGAACCACUGGUCUCCCCAAAGCGGCGAUAAUUCCGCACACAAAGUUCAUCAUCGGAGGUAACAGUCUCCUCCUGAUCCAGGGCUUCACCUCGGAGGACGUCCUGUACGUCACCCUGCCGCUGUACCACUCCAGCGGGCUCAUGCUGGGCAUCGGGACAACCAUUAGCAAAGGUGCAACGGUAGCGCUCAGGAGAAAAUUUUCUGCCCACCAUUUCUGGGAGGACUGCAGGCAUUACAACGCCACUGUGAUUAUCUACAUUGGAGAGCUGCUGCGCUACUUAUGUACUCUGCCUGAGCGCCCAGACGAUAAGGACCACAAAGUCCGCCUGGCGUUCGGGAACGGUCUCCGUCCGGACAUCUGGAAGCAGUUCCAGGACCGGUUCGGGAUUCCGCGGAUCGGAGAGUUCUACGCCAUGACGGAGGGAAACGUCGGACUGACGAACAUUUCUAACAAGGUCGGAGCAGUGGGGGUGUACUCGCCUAUGUACAGGAAAUACCGGCCGUCGUCUGUGAUCGAGUGUGACAUUGACACAGGCGAGCCAAUCAGAGGGAAGGACGGAUGGUGCAAGGAGGUCAAAAUAGGUCAGCCCGGCCUCCUGGUGGGCCCCACGGACCCGGCCGUGCCCUACAUCGGCUACCUGGGGAAACCAGAGCUCACUCAGAGGAAGAUCUUACGGGACGUCUUCCGGGAAGGGGACGCCUACUUCAGCACGGGGGACCUGAUGGUGUUCGACAAGGAGUACUUCAUCUACUUCGUGGAUCGGGUGGGAGACACAUUCAGAUGGAAAGGUGAGAAUGUAGCGACCACUGAAGUUGCCCAGGUUCUCAGUAAGAUGGAAGGGGUGCAGGAAGUCAAUGUGUACGGGGUCAAGGUGCCAGGUCAGGAUGGUCGGGCAGGCAUGGCCUCCAUCAUCCCCCUCCCGGGGCAGCAGCCGGACUUCCGGCGCUGGUACAGGUACAUCACAGAGAAACUCCCGACCUACGCACAGCCGCUCUUCCUCCGGCUCACACAGGAGAUACAGGUGACAGGAACCUUCAAGCACCAGAAGGCGGCUCUCGUAAAGGAAGGGUUCGACCCCAGGAGGGUCGCGGAUCCGCUGUUCGUGAUCGACAACGGCAGGAAAACCUACGUUCCGCUAGACGACACAGUCUACAGGAGGAUUGUGGUUGGGCACGCCCGUCUGUAGUUAGAUUUUGAUAAGUACUCUGAAGACGAUUCUGAUAGAAUUCUGUUAAUGUUCUGGUUUACUGUAUCCUGUAGCUUCUAGUAGAUUCUAACAAGAAUCCAAUUCAACUUCAGAGAAGACUGUGUCUCCAGGAAUCUACAUGUAACUACAGAAGGGAGGGCUUUCAUACCUCACACAUUUGUACAUAC